UUUUAUCGUCUCUCUCUCUCCCCUCUCCCUCUCUGUCUGUCUCUGCUGCGUUCAGCUAAUCAUCCAUCGAAACAGACGAUCCAUGGACCUGACCCUGCAGCAGCUGAAACAAUACGACGGCACAGACGCCUCCAAACCCAUCUACCUAGCCGUCAAGGGCCGGAUCUUCGAUGUCUCCGCCGGCAAGUCCUUCUACGGCCCCGGUGGCCCCUACGCCAUGUUCGCUGGCAAGGACGCCAGCAGAGCUCUCGCCAAGAUGAGCAAGAGUGACGACGACGUCUGCGCCAACCUCAACGGCCUCUCCGACAAGGAGAUUGGCGUCCUCAACGACUGGGAGAAGAAGUUCGAAGCUAAGUACCCCAUCGUUGGCCGUGUCGUCUCUUAAUUUUCCCUAAUCCAAUUACGUACCUUAUCUCUUCAACACUGUCCAGUUGCAUAAAUAAAUCAAGGUUAUGCAUGCCUCUUAAUUUUCAUCGGUUCUUGAAUUAUUGUCCGUGUUUCUGGUUUACUGGAAUAAUUGUGAUAUUAAACCCUCUUACGGCGUUAUGGACCUUUGCUCUUUCUUCAAACGUAUGUACUGCGUGAUCUGUAUUGGAUAAUGUUCUGUAAUUUUGUGGAAGUGUGAACUUUUUGCUGCUGCUGAUAGUUCAAUGAGGUGUUGGAUCACUUUUUCUGUUA